AUGGCAGUGGCAUCCCAACAGCAUGCCCUUCUACUCCUCUUCUCCCUCUCCGUUCUCCUCUGCUCUGAUGCCGCCGCCGACGGCGCCGUCAUGGCCAAGCUGGCCGCAUCCCUCUCCCCCGCCCCCUCCGACUGGACCGGCACCGAUUUCUGCUCCUGGACCGGCAUCGCCUGCGACAACUCCAACCGCGUCACCUCCAUCAGCCUCCUUUCCAAGUCCAUCGCCGGCACUCUCCCCGCCGAUCUCAACUCCCUCUCCCAGCUCAAAAGCCUAGCUCUCCAGGGAAACCGCCUCUCCGGCGCCCUGCCGUCCCUCGCCAACCUCACCUUCCUGGAACAGGUCUUCCUCGACCGGAACCAGUUCAAAACGAUCCCCGCCGAUUUCUUUGCCGGCCUCUCCAACCUCCAGAGCAUGAACCUCAGCGACAAUCCCACUCUCGCGCCGUGGACGAUCCCCGCCGAUCUGACUCAGUCCAGCAGCUUGAACGCCUUCUCCGCCAGCAAAGCCAGCAUAGCGGGCUCCAUUCCCGACAUUUUCAAUUCCUUCCCCAACUUGCAAAACCUCCGCCUCUCCUACAACAACCUCACCGGCUCGCUGCCGCCCAGCUUCGCCGGCUCCGAGAUCAACAGCUUGUGGAUCAACAACCAGAUGAUGGGCUUAUCCGGCACCAUUGAGGUGCUUUCUUCCAUGACCCAACUCUACCACAGAGCCGGCCCAAGUACAAGGAAAAAUAGGCAGCUGCCUAGGGCCCCAAUUUUUGAUAGGUCCCUAUUUUAA